AUGGCCGGUUCUCAUGACGACCCCUACUUGGAUGGACUCACAGAACAAGGACAGAGUCUGUCGGGAAAUAACGGCCACAGAGCAUUUCUUGCACCAACUGAUGAUGGAGGUUGCGAGAUGCUCAAUCUCACCGCCAGCCUUGUGAUCGCCAGUCUUGCAGAAGGCUCACCUCGGUCCAGUACAGAUUCACUAGAACGAGUCGCGGUCACUUUGAAACUGUUUUCGCCGACAGAUUUGAAAGGCAAUGUAGAACCUAAGCUGUCGAAGCCUAGGUUAGGAAAAAUUGGGCAAGAAAACGCAACAUGGAUAGAGAAAAGCCAGAUUACCGAGCAUAACUUCACAAAUUAUACUCAGAAAACGAAAUUGUCGAAUGAUUCCUUCCUUUCUGAAGCAGCUACCCAGGAGCCGCCACCUUUGACGUUGAAGGAGUUGAUGGAAAAUAAUCCCUUUUUGGCAGGACUGAAUAGAAGGGUUCGCGACAGAAUAAUCCGCCAAUUGAAAAAUAUAACUAAGGAAAUUAUUCAUCUGAUUCUUGAUCGAGGCUGGAAUGGAGAAGACUCUGAAGCUGAUCUCAAAUGGUCAAUGGAGGGGGCCGUACUAUACGCUGUGACUGUCAUUACCACAAUCGGUAAGAAUCGCAUAAUUUCAAUACUAUUAAAGCAAAAUCACAGAUUUAGCAUUCCUUGA